AUGUCAUGUCAGGGCCAAGGUGGGCAAUUCGAUUUGCGCCAAGUCGUUGCGCCGCCGCCGCCGCCGUUCGAUUUGCGCGGGCAGCUCGCAGAGACCUUUUGGAAAAGUCACGAAGCGGACGUGAAGAUCGAGGUGGCCGGAGAGACGUUCCCCGCGCACCGGACGGUUCUCGAGGACCAAUCCCCCGUCUUCAAGGCGGAGCUCUCCUCAGCAACCGGCGAGAAGACUACGACCAUUGUGUUACGCAUCGAUGGCAUGGACGCCGACGUGUGCAAGGCUCUGCUCCAGUUCAUCUACACGGAGUCAGCGCCGGAGACGGACCAGCUCGAGGCGAUGGCGGGGCGGCUUCUUCUUGCAGCGCGAGAACCUCGACAUGGGCUCCGUGGCUGCAACCCUGGCAUUGGCUGA